GAAGGCCUCACGGCCAUUUCCGGUAAGGCGGGCAGCGCCUCACUUCCGCCCUCGUGGGGCUGGCCGUUGGUGGUCCGGCUGCGCCGCGUGUCUUGGUCUUCUGGUAGCGGGCUGGCGGCGGCGGCAGCGGCGGCAGCUCCGGCCUGAUUUCACCCCCCUCCCCCUCCGUCGCGAUGCUCGUUUUAUUCGAGACCGCAGCCGGCUACGCCAUUUUCAAGGUUCUGGAUGAGAAGAAGCUCCAGGAAAUCGAUAGUUUAUGGAAAGAGUUUGAAACUCCUGAAAAAGCCAAUAAAAUUGUAAAACUAAAACACUUCGAGAAGUUUCAAGACACAACGGAAGCUCUUGCAGCAUCCACUGCUCUAGUUGAAGGCAAGAUUAGCAAGAAUCUAAAGAAGAUCUUAAAGAAGAUAGUAGCAAAAGAUGCCCACGAACAGUUGGCUGUAGCAGAUGCUAAACUGGGAGGUGUAAUAAAGGACAAGCUGAAUUUAAGUUGUAUCCACAGUCCAAUGGUUACUGAACUGAUGAGAGGCAUUCGUUCACAAAUGGAAGGACUUAUCAGUGGCCUUCCAGCACGUGAAAUGGCAGCUAUGUGUUUAGGAUUGGCACACAGCCUUUCCCGAUACAAGCUGAAGUUCAGCCCAGACAAAGUGGAUACAAUGAUUGUCCAAGCAAUCUCCCUACUUGAUGACUUGGACAAAGAAUUGAAUAACUAUAUCAUGCGCUGUAGAGAAUGGUAUGGUUGGCAUUUCCCUGAACUGGGGAAAAUUAUAACAGAUAAUCUAAUAUACUGUAAAUGUGUGCGGAAAAUUGGAGACAGAAAGAACUUCUCCUCUUCUGAUCUUUCUGAGGUCCUACCAGAGGAGAUUGAAGAAGAGGUUAAGGCAGCUGCAGAGAUUUCCAUGGGAACUGAAGUGUCUGAAGAAGAUAUAAGCAAUAUACAGCACCUUUGCGACCAGGUGAUUGAAAUCUCAAACUAUCGGGCACAACUAUAUGAUUACCUAAAAAACAGAAUGAUGGCCAUUGCACCUAACCUCACUGUCAUGGUGGGAGAGCUUGUAGGAGCACGGCUUAUUGCUCAUGCAGGGUCCCUGUUGAACUUGGCUAAGCAUCCAGCAUCCACUGUUCAGAUUCUGGGUGCUGAAAAAGCACUUUUUAGAGCAUUGAAGACUAAACGUGACACACCCAAAUUUGGUCUGAUUUAUCAUGCUUCUCUUGUGGGCCAAACAACAGCUAAAAACAAAGGAAAGAUUUCACGAAUGCUAGCUGCUAAAACAGCCUUGACUAUUCGCUAUGAUGCCCUGGGAGAGAACACCAGUGCAGAGAUGGGAGCCGAGAACAGAUUGAAAGUGGAAACCAGACUGAGGCAGCUGGAAGAGAAAGGGAUAAGACGAAUAAGUGGCACAGGAAAGGCCAUUGCCAGAGCAGACAAAUACUUGCAUAAGAGUGAAGUGAAGACCUAUGACCCUUCGGGUGAAUCUACGCUCCCUCGGGUCCCGAAGAAGCAUAAAAGGGAGGAAGAGGAAGAAGAAGAUGAAGGGGCACCAGCUCCCAAAAAAGCAAAGAAGAUUAAAGUAGAAGAAGUCAAAGAAGAAGAGGGGGAGGAGCAAGACCAAGAGCAGGAAGAAAGUGAACCUGUCAAGAAGAAGAAGAAGAAAAAGGAGAAAAAACAGAAGACUCAAGAAGAGGUUUGGGUAGAAGACGAAGAAGAAGAAGCAGAGCCAUCCGCAAGCACAGCAGUAGAGGGCACAGAGAAGAAGAAAAAGAAGAAGAAGAAAAUUAAAGAGGAGCCUGAAGAUGAAUAUUAAGAGGAGGACACCAGAGCCUCUCUGGUGACUUGCAUUGUGUUUGGCUUUCCUGGGACAUUGGCCUUUUUGCUCCAUGGUUAGUGAAGGCUGAAGAGUUUAUACACUUUUUCUCUGUAUGCAGUUUUUUACCCGCACCUUUUACUUUAACCCUUAUCCUGACAAUAUUUUUUAAGCUGAUAUUUUGUGUUGUAUUAUUGCAGAAUGGUUUAAGAUACUGAUGUAUACCUGGAAAGUGAUAUAGAAAUGGUUGAAAUUGAUUUAAAAAAUAAAAAAUAUUCCAACAGCA